AUGAACGACACUUAUCCUCCUUCGGUUUCGCUAUUAAGUGCUCUUCAAGUCCCACCUGAGCUCAGUCGACAAGGACAAGAGAUAAUCAAAGCUUUAGUCUUUGGGCUGGUACCUGCGGAACUCCUCUUCUUCUCAAUAUAUUUUCGACUUAAGGGCUUCUAUAAGCUUUACCGAAAUCUUACUGUAUCCGCGCUGGUAGCUUUUUGGAUUGCGCCUUAUGUUGCCCCAGUAUCAUGUGGUCCAGUCAAAUGUUUACAGAAUUUUGCGAUCGCGAUUGGAACCAUGAAGCUACUUGAUGUAUGGGCUCGGCAUCAUUCUUUACCAAACCACAAUGCUAGGAGAACACCACCAGAUUGGUUGUUAGCUCUCAAAAUAAUUACAGAGCUUCGAUGGGAAAGCUUUACACCAAACACUGUACGCGCAUCGAAAGAUCAAGAGAACUUCAACGAGCCAUUGCAGCUAGCAAUCCAUAUUCUUGCUUUCGUAUUCUUGCAGUCACUGCCUCAGAAAUACCCUACCAUCGUCGCUUGGGAGGUUCUGCUAAGCAUUUAUGUCAUAUGGACAAGUAUGCAGAUGAUUCUCCGGUACAAGAGUAGCCCAGCUUUGUUUGGACCACUCUAUCUCGCUGAUAGUCUUACUGGAUUUUGGUCUGAGACUUGGCACAAUGCUUUCGCAUCCCCAUGUACAUCUCUUGUUUACGCACCAUUGAGGAAUAACCUUCCUAAAUAUGGUGUUCCGGUACCGAUUGCUAGAUCGCUUGGAGUAUUUGGAGCUUUUGCAUUAAUGGCUUUAUUCCAUAUAUAUGCUUUAAGUCCGAUAUUGCCGAGACAUGCACUGAACAGAGUUGGACUCUUCUUCCUUCUUAAUGGCGUGGCAACUGUGACAGAAGCAAUGAUAUGGGGCCAUAAGAAGCAUUGGCUUAAGACAGUUUUGGCUUGGGUUUUUGAGACAGCGGUCUCAACAUGGACGGUCAGUGGAAUGCAGAUUCCAAAUGGUCGAAACUUGUCACCGCCUUCCGUUUUCGGCGUCAAGUCGGCAGUAAACGAGGCAGAGGAUACUCAAUAUGGACUGCCCAUCAGCCUUCUAAAAACCCCACAAGCUAUGGAGCAAUCAUCGUCCAGCUCCAAAGUAACGGUCGAGUAUUUUGAUCCUCAUGGGGUGUAUCAAUUACUUUCGCCGGGUCUCCUACCCCGAUUACCUCUUCAGAAUCUCCACUGGGAGUCGCAUAACAGACCCGUACGAUCAAUAGAUACUUUGCACGUUGACCUUGUACCAGCAACAUCAGAACUGCGCCCAAACUCCUCGACCGGUACAGCGACGAACAGCAACCUUAACCUUUCUCGUGUCAAGAGCGAAGAAUCGAGCGCAAGUGGGAGCGAUGGGUUUCAGACUCAAAAUACUGGGCAGCCAGCGGGAGAGAGACCAGAAUCUCGAGCGGAAAGCGGUGCUAAACCAGCCACGAAAGAACGAAGACACCAAAUUCCGGGCUUGCGCCAGACACCAUAUUUGAAGGUGUUUCUUUUACGAUGCGACGAUAACGAAACGUACAAAGCGGAGGCGCGACGAGAAGUCCGGGAAUGGAUCAAGGAGCAUACUCCCCCUACACAAAGUUCUACGAAACGGACUACGCAAGAAAAUCAUGAUGCUUACGACUGGCUUAUAAUUCAUGUGGUCGUCCCGAAUACUGCUGCUGCGACACAACCUAGGACAAGUGGGAAAUCGUCAGAGAAUAGUUCUGGAACUGCUGCCGAGAAAGCAGCGGCCCGCUGGAGAGGUGGAGGCUCAACAACGAUCUUGGAGAAACUCCGAGCGGAUUUCAACGGCUCUUCCAAAUCCACUAUCGAUCGGAUCGUCCAAAUCAGAAUUGGCAUCAACGACGUUCCUUACGAAAUCCUGCCUCGUGUUGUUCCUGCGAUUCCGGGGUCUUACACGGAAACACCUCAAGAAAACGAAAAUGCUUGGGCAGACUUCAUUUCGAAGUUGAAGGAACGAAUUCUCGCUUCUUUUGAUCUACGUGUUGGCCAGUAUGAGGAAGACAUUCAAGAGAGGGACAAUCAGAGGAGCUUGCCAGGAUGGAAUUUCUGUACCUUCUUCGUACUCAAAGAGGGUCUUGCAGGAGGAUUCGAGAGCGUUGGCCUUGUGGAGGACGCCUUAGUAGGCUAUGAUGAACUCGCUGUUGGUCUUGAUGCAAUAGUAAGGGAGCAGGCUAUCACUGGGACUGGGCCUCAACAUGGGGGUGACUUUUUGCCCUUCACAGAAGACCUCAAAAAGGUGGCGGAAAACACAAAAGUUGCCAUGCUCAGAGACCUUGGGCAGGAUGACACGGAGGAAUCUAUUGAUUUACAAUCAAAUCCUAUAUCGGCUGAUUCUGAUGUGGACGAGAUUCCAGUGGAUGCGUCUAAAAAACGGUAUCGCCAAUUGAUCCUUUCUAACAACAUUUCCAUCUUUGACUUUCGUUGCUACAUCUUCGCCCGUCAAUUAUCUUUGUUGCUUCGGCUCGCCAAUGCGACCUCCUCGCAGGAUGAAUUGCUUGCGAAGCUCAAAGAGCAGCGAGAACUAAACAUGCAAGGGAUUGCGUCUCGCUCACCUGCUGUGAAACAAAAGCCCGAGUCGGAAAACUUAGUUAUACUUGCCGAGAUCUGUAGACGGACGUUGGCUUUUGUCGCAUCUAUUUCUCGUAUUUUGAGAGACGAUAUCUGGGCUUCACAACUGCAGCUACACAAGUCCACACAAGAGGGAGACGACAAAGAUGCGCUGAAAGUCCAGCCGAUACAGGAUCCUAUCAUGGAAAAGGUUGUAGAUAAUAUUGCGUCUUCCUUUACAUUCGGUGUCGCUCAGCAAAUCCUGGCGCAAACCUCAACAAAGGCUUUGCCAAUUCCUCCUUCGACUUUGGCGCCGCCCAAUGGUAAGAUGGAACUUGGGGGACAAGAGCCAAAAGCCUCUAUUCCCGAGCCAAAAACUAUGAUGCAUCCUGCGCGAACCACGUCUCUUGCUGUCCGUUCGAUCUCGAGAGACCCAUCUACAGCGGGCAACCGCAGCUCAAGUGUACCUGGCGUAGGCAAUCCUUCAAUGUUUAUCAAAGCCGGCCUUGAGGAGCUAGCGGGCCAUAGAGCAGAACUCUACUUGCUCUCCCGCAGCGUUCUUGAACAGGUGGGGAAGGAACGUGGUUGGAGUACUGGAUGGGAUGAAAUGGCGAAAAUUCACGGUAGUGGACGUGAAAUGGAAGAUGUUAGUCUUGAUGAUGAAGUCUCGGUAUCUAAGAAUGUGAGAGAGAGGGACGAGGAAGCUGCCGUGAGCUUUCAUGGAAUCCGCAACAGGCUUCUGCGAACAGCUGCCGACAAUCAAGAAGACUUUACUCGUCUUUACGAAAUCUUAACAGACAAAGCAUUGAGGCACUAUACUGUUGCUGGAUACAAGCAGUCUGUGCUGUCUACAAUGGCUGAUCUAGCGAUCUUGAAGUAUCACGUCAAAGAUUAUGCUGCUGCUGCUUCAUACUUUAAUGUUAUGACUCUGUCGUACCGCGAGAAUGGAUGGUCACAAGUGGAAAUAUCGAUGCUAGUCCCGUAUGCAAACUGUUUGAAAGAACUGCAGCGGAAGGACGACUUCGUGCGGGUGGUUCUCGAACUGUUGUCCAAGUCGGCAGCGGCUGAGAAAGAGACACAGUCACGCAGGUCAGCCCUGAAAUUUGGAAGGACACCAAAUUUUGAACCAGACCAGGGUGUCUCUGCAGCUUCUUAUUUGGGGCUUUUAUUACAGACCACUAAGUCAUUUCAACACGAGAUACGUGUGCCGUUAGAGAACUUCUUUGCGCAUUUGGAUGUCGAUAGCACAGCGCGAUAUCACUCGGAGCAGGACAGCUUCACUUUGACAGUGAAGCUUCGAUAUUUACUUGAAGACGAUCUCACAGUGGAGAAGGCAAAGGUCAGGAUCGACGCUACGUUUGGAGAGACACAUCGUGAGAUUUGGCUGGAAACCGAUGGACCUAAUACUUUCACCAAGGGCGACGGGUUCUUCACUGUGAAUACCAAUGUCAUCGUUCCGGGUACCUAUACUGUUGGACAUGUGAGUUUACAUGCCAGCAACAUCACAUUUGAGUACGACCAUGGGAGUGCCCCGAUUGCAGCAAAGAGUAGUAGUUUCUUCAAGUGCCCGAAGAUUCUCCUCUACCACAGGUCUGAUGCAUUUGAUGUGAAGCUUUUUGCAUCCAAGUAUAUGCACCUUGAUCGUAACCGCUUCCUCGAAUUGGAGUUGUCCUCUGGCUGGAAUGAGGUGAUCGAAGGCGAACUACACAUUCGUGCUGCGACUGCUGGAAUGAGACUUCAAACAAGUGAAGCUAUCGUUAUUGUCGGAUCUCUGGUUCUUGCAAAGAAACAAGAGGCGGGUGUCAUAAAAUUUGGUGCUCUUUCAUCUCAUUCGUUGGCCAAAAUCCGCAUGCCCUUUAACCUUGAGCAUGAGUCCAGCGAUGUCUCUCUUAAGAUCGAAGUAUCCUAUACCACCGAAAAGGGUACCUUUUUCUUCGCUACUAUGCCAACGAUGUCAAUUAUGCUCCCACUCGGAGUCAAUGUUCAAGACAUGUUCAAACAUAAGGCUUUGUUUUCAAAGUUCACAAUAUCUUCAGCGACGUCAAGCCCCUUACGUCUGUUGAGCUCCCAAUUAGAUGGCUCCGAAAUGUUUAAUUCGCAAUGCGGAGUCCCUAUCUCUCAACCUAUUAUCAUCUUCCCCCGGCAGCCGGCGACAGUGCUAUAUAAGAUAACAAAUAAAGUGCCGGCUUCUGCAGUGCCCAAGAGUGCCAAAUCAUCAUUAUCUUUGGUACUUCAUUAUGUUGGCCUUGAAGAAGAAAUCGAAAGUGCAGUUACUACAAGCCUCAAAGCUGCAUUCCACGAAACAUCGUUACAGCAAUAUUCCCGUCUACUUAUACCGACUGUUCUCAAGGCCCUCCAAACUCGUCUAUCGCAUUACGACCACGAGCGUAUCGCGGUGUUGAGCGAGCUAUCGACCUCUUGCUUGUCAAAUAUCCAAUGGAAAGAUCAUUUCCUCGGGUUAGGAAUUACUCUGGAUAAGGAAGACAUUUGCAGUCUCCUGACCUGCGGCCUGGAAACGUGGCAACAACAAACACCAACACUAUCACUUCUCCCUCUUUCCCGGGGCGAAAAAUCUAUAGCAGCAAGCCGCUCCAUCAUUAUUCCCGUAGAAGUCCCCGCCGUAACAGUCGUGCAUACCGCCGACCUAAAACUCUCAAUCCCGUCCUCACCAAUACAAUCAAGUACAAUAAUAGCAGCUUCCAAUACCCCUAUUCCCGCAUCGCUAGAAGUCAAAUGGACAAGACGAUGGGAUAUGCCGGAGGACUCAGAUCCCAAGAAAAACAACAGCCUUGAGUUCUACUACGAAGUCUCGGGUCAAACGGAUACGUGGCUAAUUGGAGGAAAACGAAAAGGUCAUUUUAAGGUUCCGUCCAAUCAUCCGGACAAAAACGAGAGCAAGGACAAAAAAGCUACACUUUCAUUCCCGCUCGUGUUAAUUCCGUUACGGGAAGGGUAUCUACCAUACCCUAGCGUGGAGAUAAAACCAGCCCCAAUCGCGAAGAUUUUAAAACCAGGAGCAAGUGAUCGUGCGGAAAGUCCGAAGAGACAGACGAUUACAUGUGAGACUGAUUACAAGAAUUCUGGGGAGACUAUCAGAGUUAUCAGUGAUGCCUGGAAAACGACUGUUAGUCUUGAUGCUAGCGGGCCUCAAGGAGGAGCGAUGCUACUAGAGAGCAUAUCAACGCAACGCUUCAUCCCCAGCUCAGAAGGCGGCGGCGGAACUGACUACCCCGAAAGGCCAGGCAUCACUGCAUUAGAACAGUAUCUCGUCGUCAUCCGAACUGGUGGGUUUCAAACCCAUAUUACUUUGAGCCAGUUACAAACCAUCAAGUGUAAGUAUGGUGAAGUACAUCGAGAAAUUCUCACCUUCCGAGAAGUACAGGAGUAG